UGUUGUUGUAUCUCAGUGGACAAGUAUGCUAAAAAUAGUAGCAAUACAUCUUGACAAGCUUGGCCUGAAACAUGCCGUAGUGGAUGGUUCAGUAAACCCAAAACAGAGGAUGGAUAUCGUUGAAGAAUUCAACAACAAUCCUAAAGGAACCAAGGUGUUGUUAAUUUCACUUCUGGCUGGAGGUGUUGGCCUUAAUCUGGUUGGAGGAAACCACCUCUUCCUUCUAGACAUGCACUGGAAUCCAGCACUAGAAGACCAAGCCUGUGACCGCAUUUAUCGGAUGGGGCAGCAGAAGGAUGUUAAGAUCCAUAGAUUUGUCUGUGAAGGAACUGUGGAAGAAAAGAUCUCAGAGCUGCAAACCAAGAAAAAAGAAUUAGCCCAGAAGGUGUUAUCAGGAAAAGGAGAGUCCUUCACCAAGCUGACUCUGGCUGAUCUCAGACUUCUGUUUGGCAUUUAGCUGUUCAUUUUUUAAAAAAUUUCUUCCACUACACAGAAUAAAUGUGCAUUUGAAAAGUUCGCUAUUCUUUAAUAAAAUGGCCAAUA